AUGUCCAGCUCAAUUAGUGAGGUCGAGGCACAACCCGUCCAGCCAACCGCGGCAUCUACGGCAGACGUCCCAUCAACAUCAGCCGACAUCGAAGUUGACAACGAAAGAGAAUCCGAUAGACUCGGAACAGCGCAUACCGUGAUGGUCAAGACCAUUGGCAACACGCUCUUCCUUGCACCAUUCGACGAAAUUAAGACGCAUCGCAUACUAGACAUAGGCACCGGGACCGGGGCAACCGAGAUGGGAGAUUUCUUCCCUAAUGCCGAGGUAACCGGAAUUGAUUUGAGUCCCAUUCAGCCGUCUUGGGUACCUCCAAACGUCAAUUUCGAGGUCGACGACGUCGAAAGCCCCUAG